GACGACCUCGGGGUUUCCAUGGGGCUGUCGACAACAAACUCUGUGGGCAACUUAAAGAUUCAUGUGACGACGGAGCAAAUGUUUUUAUUUGUAUCGUACACAUUUGAAAAUUAUUGUUUCCACGAACAGAAGUAAGCUGGUAAACUGAGGGCGUUUUCUGUAGGGACUGGCAAAGUAGGUUAGCCGUCGACAGGAAGCUAACUCUGCGUUAGCUCGGUAAUCUAGUGAAGGACAGGGGGAGGAUUUUGCAACAUGAGUGAGCAGCUGAAAUUCAUCGUCGAGCAACUCAACAAAGACCCGUUCAAGAAAAACUUCAACCUCAUCACGUUCGACUGUCUGGAGCCGAUGCAGCUGCUGCAGAUUUUAAACGAUGUUCUGGCUGAAAUAGAUCCAAAGCAAUCCCUCGAUAUAAGAGAAGAAAUGCCUGAACAGACAGUGAAGAGAAUAUGUGCUCUGCUGGGGAUGCUGAAGUACUUACCUCCUGGCAAUCUUUCUGACGUAAGCGCCUUCAGACAGGGUCUGGUGACUGGCAGCAAACCUGUGGUCCACCCGAUCCUGCACUGGCUGCUGCAGAGGGUUCCCGAACUGAAGAAGAGGGCUUACCUGGCCCGCUUUCUCGUCAGACUGGAGGUGCCGGCAGAGUUUCUGCAGGACGAUGUCAUCAAUGACACCUGUCAUCAGUAUGAAGAGCUGGUGGAAGCAUUUAAGACAUAUCACAAGGAGUGUGAACAGCUGAGGACUUCAGGGUUCUCCGCAGCAGAAAUCCGAAGGGACAUUAGUGCGAUGGAGGAGGAGAAAGAUCAACUCAUCAAACGAGUGGAGAGGCUGAAGAAGAGGGUGGAGUCAGUGUCCAACCAUCAGCGGAUGCUGGACCAGGCCAGACAGCUGCGAGUGGAAAGCGAGAGAGAGGAGGCACUGACUCACCAGAAGCAAGAGCAGAAGAACCAACUGUUCCAGGCCGAGCAGAGGCUGCAAAGAUCACAGCAGCAGUUGAAGGAUUUGCAGCAGGCGGCAGCAGAUGCCAAUCCAGAGAGUUUAAUGAAGAGGCUUGAAAUGGAGAUCAAGAUCAACUCGUAUAUGGUCUCUGAGAAACUGCCCAAAGAGCUGGAGAGUAUGAGGCGCACGGUGCAGUAUCUUCAGAAGGUGGUGUCAGAGCCAGCCAUGGGUCAGGCCGACCUGCACGAGAUGGAGAACAAGAUUAAACAAGUGGAUUCUCAGAUAAACCAUCUGAUUGAGAAGAGGAUGAUGAGAAAUGACCCCAUGGACGACAAGCUGACCCUUUACAGGCAACAGGCUUCCAUCAUCAUUCGCAGGAAGGAGUCAAAGGCAGAGGAGCUUCAGCAAGCGAGGGAGGAACUGGCCGCAGCAGAGAGGGAGCUGAGGCAGAGGAGCAGCCAUGCACAAACCUCAGAUGGGGAAGAGGUGAUCCGGGGCGAUGAGCUGAAACGUCUGGUGGUGAAACUCCGGAGCAAAGGAACCGUGUACAAGAAGAAACGGCAGGAAAUUGCUGAGAUGAAAGCGGAGUAUGGAGUCCUGCAGCGAACAGAGGAGAUUCUCAAGCAGAGGCAUGAGGCUGUUCAACAGAAACUGCAAAAGGUGGAAGCUGAGAAAGGAAUCUCUGGCUACAGUAACACUCAGGAGGAACUGGAGAGAGUGUCUGCCAUCAAGAGCGAGCUGGACGAAAAGAAGGGCCGCACUCUGGACGACAUGUCUGAAAUGGUGAAGAAGUUGAACUCGAUGAUAGUGGACAAGAAGUCGGCUCUAGCUCCGAUUAUAAAAGAACUGAGGGCAAUGAGACAACAGUGUCAGGAGCUAAACCAGGAAUAUGAGGACAAGAAGGCGCAGUAUGAAAGUUGCGCUGCUGGUCUGGAGAGCAACAGAUCUAAAUUGGAGCAGGAGGUGAAGGCAAUGAGAGAGGAGACGUCGCAAGAGGAAAACAAAUACCAUCAUCUUAACGCCAUGUCAGAGAUCAUUGAGAUGCAAAUACAGCGGGCGGCUGAAGAGAUGAAGGCCUAUGUAUCCUCUGACCCACAGGAGAGGAAGAAGACCAUCAGGGAGGUGUACAUGAAGAACAUUUCAGAGCAGGAGUUACUUGGCAAGAAGUUACGUGAGAAGCAGAAGAUGGUGCGGGAGAGCCACAGCGACAACAUGGAGCAGAUGAAGAUGUGGCGGGACCUGGAGCAGCUGAUGGAGUGCAAGAGGCAGUGCUUUAUACGAGCUCAGAGCCAGGCAUCUGUUGGUCAAGUCAUCCAGAAGGGAGGAGAGGAUAGGCUGGUGUUGUAAGGAUGCGUCACUGCACGGUCAACAAUAGGUCACCUACAGUACAUUCACUACAAAGAGUUCAGUGUAAUGCUCUCUUGUUGCAUGUAAACUGUUGGAGGACAUUAUAGAAUAUAUACUGUAGACAGCAGGUUCACUGUAUUGGUGGAUUCCAUUUUCCGCUAUUGUGUUUUUAUCUUGUGUUACCGUAACUUCUGCUGAUAACAAGGUUGAAUCUACAAACCGGUAACAAACCCCAUGCACGAGGAGGUCUUUCCCUCUCCCUCUGGAGACUCCUAUUGGACACAUCUUUAAGAAUACACUUCCAAUCAAAGUGUCCAAAGAUAACAUACAAAGUGGAGCACUUACGAUUUGACCUCAGUCAACUAUUCUUAUCAACCGCAACCACAACCUCGGACAUAAUGUCUUGCCAGUUUUGGAAUGCAGUGGGACCAACGUUGCUUUGGACAUUGUCGAUAAAACGGUCAUUUUAUUUCACACGUAUAUUUUAAGUAAAUCCAUAUAGCAACAUAGGCUUUGACAUUCAAGACGUUCAUAGUUAGAUGUUCUGCUUUUCUAUGUAUUAUUUAAUAAAUGUAUUUUCUAUUCA